AUGCCCCCACCAGAAUAUGUUCUCCCACGGGACUAUCUUGACAACAAUCGUAUCAAACUACAACACCAUCUCACGACGGAGCUAUUCGGAUACCUCCUGCACCUAGACAUACCUCUCCAGAACGCGAAUCUCAAAAUUGCAGACAUCGCUGCAGGAACCGGAAUCGUUCUCACCGAUUUAAGUCGUCGUCUUCCUUCGUCAGUGUACCUUGAUGCAGAGUUACUCCCUCGCAAUGUUGGUUUAUAUAGAUGGGAUAUUAAAGUAGACGUACCGACAGAGCUCGAAGGAGCUUACGAUGUAGUCCAUGUCCGCAAUAUAGUAUUUGUGUUAUCAGAUGAGGAGAUCGAGGACGUUCUCAGCAAACUACUUAAACACCUAAAUAAGAUUAACGGCGAAUGCAGCACCGCCGCCAUUGAGGAAAUAGUGCGGAUCACUCGCUCCGCAGACCCCAGGCUGGUGCCUCACUGGGUUCCUGAGCUGCCGCGGUUAUUUGAGAGUGUUGGGCUCGUGGAUCUUAGGAAAGAUACCCGUGAAGGACCCGGACACAUUGAUUAUACUUUUCAUGAGUGCGUCUUGAUGGUACACGAUAUGAUUGCUCGGAAGACAAGUAAUGAGGGGGAAACAUUCAAUGGGGCAUUUCAUGUAUGGACCAGGCAGACUGUUAUUGGAAGAAAGCGUGAAUGA